CGUUCGCUCGUUGUUGUCCCUGUGACGCGGUCGCAAACUUCUCGCCAUUGCUCCGCGGCAGUUUGGAUCUGGAGCCAGCUGGGGUUCGGAGCUGGAACCGGAAUAGCUGAUCAACUUCUAAGAAGACAACUGUCACGGCGCUCGAAUCGCGAUUGCACAGAUACAAUCGUCUUGUUCGCAAAUCUAAAUGCCGUCGUCAGUGCACUCGAAGGACAAGCAGCCGCCCAAAAGCGACCUGGGCGAAUCUCAAGGGACCUCCCGGCCAUCUUCAGCUGAGGAAGUUGUAGACGUUGAAGGCUCACCCCACCAUGACGAAGGGAAAGGCAUUAAAUUUGCGCAAACAACAGAGAAGCCGUUUGACGCACGCUCGACCAAGACGACCGAGUCUGUGAUCCCUCCGCCACCCGAUGGAGGCCUCCAUGCAUGGUUGAAGGUGUUCGGUGGCUUUUUGAUAUAUAUAAACAUCUGGGGAUUCACGCUCAGUUACGGUGCCUUUCAAGCUUACUAUAAAUCCGAUCUUCUCUCUUCUGCCUCACCAUCUGCGAUAUCCUGGAUCGGCACCGUACAAGCCUGGCUGCUUAUAUUCUUCGGCGUCCUUUCCGGCCCGUUAUUCGACUUGGGGUACUUUCGUGUUAUGCUCAUUGUAGGCAAUUUCUUGGUCGUCUUUGGUAUCAUGAUGCUCAGCCUGAGCACGCAGUACUGGCAGGUGUUCUUGAGUCAGGGGAUAUGCAUGGGUCUUGGGGCGGGGUUGUUGUAUAUUCCAAGUCUGGCAUUGGUCGGGAUCUGGUUCGAUAAGAAGCGGGCGAUUGCGUUGGGGAUCGUCAUGAGUGGCAUCGCUGUUGGUGGUGUUGUCUACAUCAUGAUGUUCGACAGGCUACUGAAGUCCUCUGGAUUCCCAUGGGCGAUGCGCGCUAUCGGCUUCGUUGCGCUUGCUGCUGCGCUGCUCUCUAUCCCUGCCCUGCUUAGUGGCUCAAGUGUCCUGGCUACGAAACGGAAGGCGCGAUCUUUGUUCGACAAGAAAGCCUACAAGGAUAAACUUUUUCUUAUCUUCACUUGUUGCUCCUUUACGACGUUCUUAGGCUACAUUGUACCCUACUUCUAUAUCCCAACAUAUGCGAGAGACGCACUUGACUUGAGUCAGAGUAUGGGCUUGUACACGUUGGUAAUGGCGAUUGCAGCGAGCUUCUUCGGGCGGUUGGUGAGCGGUGGACUGGCUCAGUGGCUGGGGCCUAUCGUGACCUGGGGGCUAUGCACUUUUGCUAGCGCCGUGUUGUCGCUGUGUUGGAUCAGUAUCGACACGGAAGCCAACUUCAUCGCAUUUAGUAUACUAUGGGGAUUCUUUUCUGCCGCUUUGGUCACUCUGCCCUCUGCGGCGUUUGCAAACAUCACUCCUGAUCUCUCGCGGCUAGGCACACGCCUAGGCAUGUCGUGGAGCGUAUCAAGUAUAGCUACUCUUAUUGGUGCCCCCAUUGCCGGGUCGCUGCUGAAGACGAACGCAGACGGCCGCCUAAUUUUCACUGGUAUCCAGAUAUGGAGCGGGGUGUGUCUUAUGGUAGGGACGGGAUUCUUACUUGUGCUGUGGUUUGUGACGAUGAAAACCCAGAAAAAAGGAUGGAGGAUAUGAGAGAGUGAGCAAUCAAGGACUUAGCAAGGCCAGUUGGUGGAAAGGCUCUGCUGACGUGGUAACUCCAGCCUUGUGUGUUGUAGGAUUCACGAAUGAACAGAGCCUCAAAUGUUGCGGGACCUCGGAUGGGCCUUACUGGAGUCUGCUCCGAAGCGAUUGUUCGUUCAGGUGGAUCGAAGAUGUCGAAUAUUGAUCUUGAGUUCAACAGGAUCGUAAGAAUGCGCCACCAGUCUAUCUGCGUAUUCGAG